UCAGAGGGGAUGCUGACCCACACGAGCUGGAGGAAGAAGCAGCCAGCCCUGCACAAUGGCGAUGAGGAGAGACCCCCAGGCAGUCACCAGCACAGCUUCAGGAGGCAUCCUCUGGGUGGGCUACUACUCGCCCUCAUCUUGGCAUCGUGGGCUUCCACCUCCCAAGGUGCACCUUUCUCGUCAUACACACUCCAAGCAGAGCCGGACCUGCAGUCGCCGGUGGGAAUAAUGGAUACAUGUUCCGAAAUUCUUUCAGAUUCCCAGACAGUGGUAUCAUAUCCAUUAAAAGUAUUUUGCUUGAAGAUUAUGGCUGAAAUUCUGCAGGACUCUGAAGAAAAAGACAACACCAAAAGGUCCUCCUCUGUUGUGCAUCCUUUGCUGCAACUCGCCCCUCAGCUUUUUGACAGAAGAAUUAAGAGAUCCAGAUCUGACGCACAGGUUCAAGGUCCGGGAGGUAUUAUAAGCAGAGGAGGUCAUUUUGUGUUCAGGCCACGCAAUGGAAGGAGAGCAGUGGACUUCGACUGAAAGGUUGAUCCAGGGACGCAGAACAGAUAACAUCUGAUCUUCACAAAAUAUUUGGUCUUCUUUAAAACUGUGUAAUUAUUUAAAGGUCACUAUAAAAUGUAAAUGUUCAUAUCUUAAAUUAUUUCGGCUGGCACCUUCAGCCUUUCCUUAAUUUACUAAAUAUAUUGAAAGCAUUAUGAACUUAUUAUAUGAUUUCCAUCAUUGUAAUGUUUAUAACUAUGAUGUAAUAAUGAAAACAUGACUGGUUGUGUUUUAAAAAAAGUCCUGCAUGUAUGCUACAUUAAUCUUUAAAGUAUGGCUAGGCAUAUUUAUUUUGCCAUGUAAAUAAAUGGACAGUUUAUUCA